CGUUGUGCGCAGGCGCUUCCCCCGGAUUAAUGUCAGGGCACAAAAGUGGCGCUACACCGUUUCGAGCUCUACUCCGGUGGUUGCCUUUGUGAUGGACGGGGAGUCAGAACCAAACCCUGUCAUGGCAGAAGAUGUAGGGGAGCGGGUGGAGCCCAUGGAUGCCACUCCCUCUCCCCAGCAAAAGCCCACGCCUCCUUCCGAAGAGUCUAGGGAGGCAGUUUCCAUGGUAACAGAAGAUGGAACCACAAAGGAGGAUGGAACAGAGGACAACGAUGAUGAUGUGGUUCUCGUAGGGGAGGAAGCUCCCCAGCCUUCUGCCGCAACCCUCUCCCAAGACACGCCCAGCACAGACUGCCUAGAGCAGGCAGCUGCUGUGGCAACUGUAGACAUGUCCACAGCAGCAAAGACCCCCAGCUCUCCUGCGUCUUCCAACGCAUCCACAGCAGCAGCACCUCCAAAGCCUCCAGCCACAACAACAGAACCUAUUGUCAUUGACGACGAGGAGGACUCUGAACAGAAAGACGCUUCCUCGUCCACACCGGUGCCUCCUGGAGGCACAUCUGCAUCCCACUCCCCAGGUGCACUCAGCAGCACCGAGCCAGAUUCUGAGAUCAGGAUAGCCAGUGUCACUACACUAGGCUCCACUAGCCAGAAAGGAGGCUCCACAGUUAAUUCUCCUCCACAUCCAGGGGAUGCUCAGCCAGACAUGAACCUGAUGAUAACCUCUGUGACAUCCCUGCAGGGAGGAGCAGCAGCUGUUGCAGCAGCAGAUGAAGGCCAGGCUGAAGAAAAUGGUCUGCAGAUCCACAAUACGUUCAGUCUGAAUCCUGACACCCCAUCUGGUCGACCGACCGCCUCCUUUAACCCUGGGCGGGGCUCAGGUCCCAUGGGUCAGCUGGUGCAGAAUGGGGACAUGGGGACACACAAUAGAGCAGAUUCUUGGAUUUCUCAGUCAGCUUCAGUCCCUCGCAACCAAAAACAGACAGGGGUUGACUCUCCGUCACCAGCCACAUCGCUGCCCAAACCUCCAGGCCAGUCUUCCUCAACUACUUCCUCCUCAGGCUCCCAGCCACAGCCCAGGACAGUCAAGGUGACCUGUGCUAACUGUAAAAAGCCUCUGAAAAAAGGCCAAACAGCCUACCAGCGUAAAGGCUCCACACACCUGUUCUGCUCUACCACCUGUCUGUCUGCCUUCUCACACAAACCUGCCCCCAAGAAGAGCUGCACCAUGUGCAAAAAGGACAUCACAAACAUGAAGGGUACCAUUGUGGCCCAGGUGGACUCCAGCGAGUCUUUCCAGGAGUUCUGCAGCACUGGCUGCUUGGGUGCAUACGAGAACAAGCAAAAUCCUCCCAAAUCAAACCUCAAAACCAAAUGCACCGUCUGUGGCAAGCACACAGAGAUUCGGCAUGAGGUUAGCUUUAAGACUGUGACCCAUAAGAUCUGCAGCGACGCAUGUUUCAAUGUUUACCGCAAGGCCAAUGGUCUGAUCAUGAACUGCUGUGAGCAAUGUGGCGACUACCUUCCCAACCGGGCAUCAGCCAACCACUCCCUCCUGGUCGACGGUCAGCAGAAACGCUUCUGCUGCCAGAACUGCAUCAAGGAGUACAAGCAGGCCCACAGUAAACUUGCGAGCUGCCUGUCUUGCAAAACGCUGAUUAAGACAGGUGAGGUACUCCAUAGCCUCGGGGCAGGUGGCACCAUGGGCUCCUACUGCUCUGUUAAUUGUAUGAACAAGGGCAAGGUGACAACACCAUCCUUCAUCAACACAGAGCCCACCUGUCACUUCUGUAAGAGGAAUUCUUUGCCGCAGUACCAGGCCACGCUACCAGAGGGAAAUGUCCUUAACUUUUGCAGCUCCCAGUGUGUAACCAAGUUCCAGAAUGCUACUCUUCAAACAGCCACCAAUGGACAGGCACCCUUGUCUACCACAGACAGCACAGUCCAGCUGAAAUGUAACUACUGCCGAGGAGCAUUCAGCCUGAAGCCUGAAACUCUGGAAUGGGAGGAUAAGGUCUACCAGUUCUGUAGUAAGACGUGUUGCGAAGACUACAAGAAGCUUCACUGUAUUGUGACAUUUUGCGAGUACUGCCAAGAGGAGAAGACACUACACGAGAUGGUCAAGUUCUCAGGGGUCAAGAAACCAUUCUGCAGUGAAGGCUGUAAGCUGUUAUUCAAGCAGGAUUUUAUUAAGCGUUUGGGUCUGAAAUGUGUGAGCUGUAACCAUUGCAACCAGCUCUGUAAGAGAGGUGUGACCCGGCAGCUCGGUGGCAUGACCCGGGACUUCUGCAGCGCGGCAUGUGCCAAGAAGUUCCACGACUGGUACUACAAGGCGGCGAGGUGUGACUGUUGUAAAGUGCAGGGUACCUUGACAGAGUCUGUGAUGUGGAGAUCAGAGGUGAAGCAUUUCUGUGACCAGGAGUGCCUUUUAAGGUUCUACUGCCAGCAGAAUGAGCCCAUCAUGGUCACACAGAAGGGUCCUGAGAAUUCCAACCUAGGGUUUGAUGUGCCAGGGACUAAACUUGGGCUGGUAAACCAGAGUGCCUCGGCAUAUACCAGCGGAGGCUUGAUGAGAGACGUAAAGAACAAGGCAGUCCUCUGCAAACCGCUCACACUGACCAAGGCUACCUACUGCAAGCCACACAUGCAAAGCAAACUUUUACAGACAGAUGUAGAUGAUGGCGUGAAGAGGGAGUACGUGCCUGUACCUAUACCUGUGCCCGUGUUCAUUCCCAUGCCUAUGAAUAUGUAUUCCCAGGUCACUCCCACUCCACUCUCUCUGCCUGUACCGGUUCCUGUGCCUGUAUUCUUGCCCACUACCCUACAGGGGGCAGAACAGAUCGUCCAGACCAUCAAUGACCUGAAAAACAAGUUGCCCCCUGAUCCUGUGGAGGCAGACCUGAUCUCCAUGGCUGAGGUCAUAGCAGAGGAUCAGAAGCCAGAUGUGAAGCCAGUGAAGGUGAAGAGGGAGCCUGGAGGAGAGGAGUCUUCCAGCGACAGCAGCUCUGAAGAAGAGGAGGAGAAGUAUGAGCCCAGCUUGGACUUGGAGGCAGACUUCCCUCAAGCCUCAGAGCCUGUUCCUGUCCUGGAGGGAAUGGAUGAGGAGGUGGGCUCUGCUUUAACUCCACUUCUCGCAGAGGAGAAGGAGGAACCAGAGGAGUCGGCACCUCGACCACAACCCAGAAGAAAAGGGAACAAGAGGCUUGCGGUGGAGGAGAAGUCAGGUGUAGCUUCACCCUCUUCUUCCCAUUUAACAAGCAGAGCCUCAGAAGGACGAUCGCUGCCUCUCAAAGCCCGCUAUGGUAUCAAUGCCUGGAAACGCUGGGCACUGUCUCCUCCUGAUCAGUCAGAUGACACCAAAGCAAAGGACAGCUCCAAAGCAGCCCGGCCUAAAAGUAACCUGCUGUCAAUGAGUUCAGAGGAGCUGAACGUGGCUCUGUCCCAGUUUGUCAGGGAGGCCUGCAGGCCCAGCGGGGAGCGCUACUCUCCAGACAGUAUCCUCUACCUCUGUCUGGGGAUCCAGCAGCAUCUUCAUGCCAAAGGCCGGAAGGAUGACCUGUUCAGCGAUCCAUGCUACCAGCAGUUUGGAGAGGAGCUUAACAAGGUCCUGAAGGACUGGCAGCCCAGUGUACUUCCCGAUGGCUCGCUGUGGGGUCGAGUGGAGGAGCAGAGCCUGUGGAGCAGUCGCCAUCUCGGAGAGCAGAGUCCCACCUCUCUGCUGCGCUCUCUGGUUUACCUGAACACCAAAUACUUAGGCCUGCGCACCGUGGAGCAGCACCUGCGCCUCUCCUUUGCUAAUGUCUAUGGCCCUGACACGGUCCAUCCUGUUACCAAGGAGACCACAGUCUGCAUCCGCGUGCCUUCCAUCUCUCAGGAUCACCACGUGCAAACCGAGUCGAGGAAGAGGAAACGAAAGUUGGAGGAUGAGGAUGAGGAGCAGGACAAAAACGACGACAACUCUAGAGGCUCCGCCCAGCACUGCCCGGUUAAGAAGCACGAGUGUCACCUCUAUGAGCUUUACAGAUCGAAGUGUCCUCCGUCGUUGCAGAAAAGCCUAGACAUCUUCUACGUUCAGCCGGAUCCAGCCUGCAGCUCAGAUGACCCACUGUGGUUCAGCUCCACACCGCUGGACCGCCGAAUCCUGGAGAGCCUCCUCAUCAGACUCCUUCUCGUCAGGGACAUUUACACAGACAAACAACUUCUGGAGGAAAACGCGGAGGAAGGGGGCGUGGGUGAAGCAGUUGGAGGGGAGUAGCGGUUGCUUGGACUUCUGUUAGUGGAGUCUGCAAAGACAGAAGAGGAGGGGAACACGUAGGGUAUAUAGUAGAAUGUGUCCUCUUCACCUGUCUUAUCUUGUAGUCCUCUUUACCCUCUUCAUUGACUUGCUGCUUCCUCCAGGUGAGGAACAUCCACAACAGAAAACGCAGAGGAUGAUGAAAGUGGUGGUGAAAAGCAGCCCAAACUUUUACUUCUGCCUCAGAGAAGAAGCUUGAGAGGGACAGGCAUAGAGAUGAACUAUGAUUAAUAUGAGGACAAGAGGGAUGAAGAGCUUACGGUCACAAUUAAAUCAGGUAGAUUAAAGUGUAUUGACGGUUAUAUUUUCAAGACAGAAUUUUCUGUUGUGCAUUUCCAAUGAGUCUGAGUGUGUUCAAUAUGCUCAAACGGCAUAAAUAAAACAUUUUUACCAGAAUCCUGCAUUUAUGAAGUUAUAGCAGCCAGUGGGAGACCACAAGGAUGUGCAAUGAGGCAAAGGGACAGGAGCGAAACCAAAAUUACCACCCAGAAGUGGAAGACGGCAGGAAGAAGUGCUGCAAAGCUGAUUCUGUGCUGUUUUAGAAGGCCGGAGGUUGAAAUUCCACCUUUGUUGCAGCUGGCAGUUCACCUUUUAAAAGAAUUCUUAGAAACUCGACUGGUGAAAAGGACUUUCUCCCAUUCAUUACAGUUCCUAGUUUAGCUGCUCAUCAUGUCCGUCUCUGGCAGAACGACCACAUCUUUGACCGCAGAUAUCUUCGAUGAAAGCGAGGAUGUCCUUUUUGUGUUUAGUGAAUUUAAGACUUGCGCUUAGCUGGAGGUUUUGGUGUUAAAGUGCAGUCAGACUAAAUUUAGCCUCGUGAAAUUUUACCUGUGCGGCUAAAAUCAGGCGGAACAAAAACUCGUUUUGCUCACAUCGCUAACAGCGGCCGUCAGCAGGAGCGUUCUCAGGAUCCUCUUCUCUCCGCUGCUUGUAUUCUUUACCCAUAGAAGACCCGCCUGCUCUGUCAAAGCCACUGACAAUGAAUAACUGAGAUUUUAUGUGUGAUAGUUGAGCAGAGCAUCAGCGUGGGAUAAAUUUGCAAGAGGAGCGAAUGCCUCUCAAUUCCUUGUUGAAAUUAAUAGUGAGAGAAAUUAGUAUCUGACUGCACCGAACCUCCGUGUCAGGUUUCUAUCCUUCUAUUAAGACUCGUCUGACGCAAGGAUCAGUGUCCUGCUUUCCAGCUGUGGUCAGCGUUCACCUUUGACUGGGCAGAUGAGUUUUUUUUGGGGGGCAGUAUUGUAAACGUGUGCCACUAAUGAUGUCAAAGUCAGAAAACUUUGAGUGUGAGAAAUUUUCCCUGCAUUAAAGUGGAAUUUCAGGAUUUCCAGCAUAUGUGAGAAUGCAGCAUAAGAUCAGCACCCCUCUUUGCCCCUGUUAACGGUGACCUGUUGCAUCACACAUCUCCAUUACGGGCUGCUUUCAUUCCCUCCCAUCAUCCCACACGCUGCUCUUCCUCUGUCAGUACCGCUCUCAGGCAAAACUGCUGCACCACAGGGGACUUCAGUUCACAAGGGAAAGGAGUCGGGACUGAUCCCAGGACAGGAAAGUCGCUGACUCACUGCGGUGCAGUGGAAAGGCUAUCUGCCGACAUGCUGCGUUUCUUUACUGGACAUUAGGGAAACCUCCAUUCAUGCAAUGUAGCAUUACAUGCUUACUAAGCCCAGAUUGGGUUGCUUUGAUGUGUAAAUAUCUCCAGUACAAGGAGGCUGUUUGAGAUUGACAGAACACAGAGGAACACUGUAGUUUGGGAUACAGAAAACUCGAGCUUGAAAGCUCGCCUCCUGAGAAGCCUUUUUAAAACAACUGUUUAUUUAUUUCUCUUUAUUAGUUUGACUGUAUCCUCUUCACAUAUGGGUUGGAUUUUUAUGGGUAUCCAUUACUUCUCACCUGCCAUCUAUUGAAAACUUGCUGCAGACCUGCACCCCUCCAACCCCCCUCAUCCGUUAAAGGAGUUUUGGAGCACCACGAAGGAUGUGGAUUAUUCAAAGCUCAACAACCCAUUUUUGAAUCCUCUUCUGUCCCUGUGUUUGUACUCUUAGUUUCCUUUUGGGUUUACCUUAGUUUAAAUACUGAGCACGUGUUAUUAAGCGUCCUGCUCUUUGCUUUUGUAGAGCGCCGGCACUGCAAAGCAAAAGCUUGCUUCGUGACGUAAUUGGUUAGGUGCUAGAGAUUUUUAAAAAAAUUUUUUUUUUUUUUUUUUUGUGAGUCAAACUUGUGUUUUCUGAGUUACAAUAUGCAUUAUUAUUUUUUUACAUUUUACUUGUCCCCCUCUUUUUUUGUUUUUUUUUUGUUAAACUUCUUAAAUUUUGUUUGCUGUCUGAAUGGACUUCAUCAAGUUAAAAUCCAUGAAAGAUUGUUCGAUUUGUUUUCCACUUUGAGGUAGUGUGAGGUUGGAGCUGAUAAAUAUGAAACCUUAUAAAAGCUUCCACAGCCAUUCCUCAAAAUGUAAGGAAUGUCCUCUUAAUGCUGAGUUUGACUUCUCCACGAAUGCAAUCGACCUCUCAAAAUUCUCGCUGAUUUAAAACAUGUCCUCUGUGCACAAUCCACAGUACUGCUCCUGACCGAAGCACAUUUAACUGGUGAACCAAGGUCAGGGAAUACAUUUCCAGAGUUUUAUUUUCCCUAAAGAGCAGGUGUUCCUGUUAUUUUGUACAACUGUUUGCAUUUGUUGGUCUGAAAGUGCAGCAUGACAUUUCAGGAAUGAUGAUUUUGGAUUUAGAUGGAGAACACUAGUCAAAAUUUCUUGUACCAGAUCAGCGUGUCUAGACCUUUAAUUUAGUCUGUGAAAACCUGAAACAGACCCUGGAUCAGAGGACCGCAGUUAACACGGCUGACUCAUAGGCAGCAGCCAAACAUGCCACAGGUUUGGACCUACAGACGAUGCUGUGGCUGGCUUUAAUGCCUAAUGUGAAUGUGCCUAUCUGUAUAUACUGAAAGUGAGUGACUGUGACUUGAGUCUGAUGCUAUGUGUGUGGGCUGAUAUGCUGAUACGGUCAUGUUAAAUAAAGA